UUCUAGCAAAUCUAAUGUCUCUUGGUCUACGAGACAUAGGUUUUCGACUUAAUAAGUCUAACGGGAUAAUAAGCAGUAAAUACAGGCAAGCAGUUCUAACCCAUUCGUUAGGAAUCUACCAUGCCAGCAUGCGUUCCCUGUGAUCGCGCACAUGCAAGCACGUGAUUGAGCACGUGCCAUAGAUUGCUGGCUGGUCCCUAUCAAUAUCGCCAGCCGCUUCGUCUCCACAACAUCCACCACCAUGGCCGAAGCUUCUCGUGACGAAAGCAGCUCGUUGCGCAGCUCGCAGAGUCGCACCAACCCCUUCGUAAAGUUGGUUAGAAGCACCUUUGGCUACCGCAAAACGUCCCUCACCUUCUUUAUCCUUCUCACCUUCUUGUUCACAUUCCUCACCUCCCACUACGAUAAUGACUUGGAGUCUUCAGUGCCGCUUCCUACCAAUGGGCUAGAGCAAGAGUCCUUGGAGUACGCCUGGAAGGCUCUUCAAGUCAUUGGACGCUACCAACACCCCUAUGGUUCGCCUAGCAACGACUUUGUCCAUGACAGCCUUGAGUCGUCUAUCAAGGAGGCCAUUGCUAGCAAGAAGUACGCUGAAUACGACAAUGACUUGAACUACACCAACAACAUCUUGUAUCGGUUUCCAGCAGGGUCCAAUGUGGUGCACUACUACGAAAGCAACAACUUGGUAGUGAGAAUCAACGGAACCGACCCCUCGUUGCCUGCAUUGUUGUUGAGCUCCCACUACGACUCUGUGCCCACCAGCUUCGGAAUCACCGACGACGGAGUCGGUGUGGCGUCCAUGUUGGGCUUGCUCCACUACUACACCCAUCACAGCACCAAGCAACCGCUUCGGACUAUUGUGUUGAACUUCAACAACGACGAGGAAUUCGGCCUCUACGGUGCCUCCAGCUUCUUGAACCACCCCUUUUUCAAAGACAUUGCCUAUUUCUUGAAUCUCGAGGGCACUGGUGCUGGCGGAAAGGCGUUCUUGUUCAGAGGCACUGACUAUGGUAUCGUCAACCACUUCAAGAAGGUCAGAUAUCCAUACGGGAACUCGAUUUUCCAGCAGGGCUUUGACAAUGGCUUGAUCCACAGCGAAACAGACUUCAAAAUCUACAAGGAAAACGGGGGCAUUAGAGGCCUUGAUGUGGCCUUCUAUAAGCCCAGAGACAUCUACCACACCACCCGGGACGAUAUCAGACACACAGGUAUCAAGUCUUUGUGGCAUAUGUUGUCGAUUGCAUUGGACUUCACGGAAGGCUUACAGACUGAAAUCGAUCUCGACGUUGAAGCUCCGGAAGAAUCCAACGACUUUGCCCUUUAUUUCUCUUUCUUCAACCAUUUCGUUGCCUUCUCCACCUCAAAGAUUGUGCUUGUCAAUACCAUUCUCUUGGUACUUGUUCCGUUAAUUAGCAUCCCAUUUUUGGUUGUUAUUUUCCAGUACAAACACAACUGGAAUCUCAGCUUCGUCAAUGUACUCAAGUUCCCACUUUCGUUUGUUUUGUCAAUCUUAGCAUUGGAUAUCUUCGUUGACGUUGCCGUGGUCUCCCAAAAUCCGUUCAUAGCAAAUUCAUCUGUCGUAUUGUUGGUUUUUACCUCGUUGGCUGUGUUCUUAUUGGUGAAUUAUGUGAUCCUCAACGGAAUUAACUGGGUAUUUAAGAGCUACAAUGUCAUCAACCACGACGAAAAGUUAAUUGUUAACAUCGAAAUUUCAAUCCUUACUUGGUUGGCAUUGAUAUACUCAACUUACAAACUUUCCACUAAUCGUAUUGGUGACGAUCACACUGGUGAACUCCCAGUCACUAUUUUAUUCGUUUUGCAAUCAAUUGGUUCUUUACUCGGUUUGAUCGGUUGGAGCUUCAAGCAAGGCAAGCAUGAUGUGAGCAAGGAUGACGAGAGUUCUCAACCUUUAUUGGAUGGUCAAAGAACCUACGGCACACAAGAAGGCGAGUCUAAUGACGAAUUGGACACUUCUAUUGGCAACGAUGAUACUUCAUCUUUGUCUUUUGAGCAUCCUUUGCCUGAGUCCAAAUUCCGCAGCUAUGACUGGUCGAUUCAAUUUCUUUUUAUUGUCCCAUUGUCCUCCUUGAUCAUCUAUAACUCUGGUUAUUUAAUCUUGGAUGGCCUCAACAAAUCUAUUCAGGAGUCUUUGAAGGCUGAAAAACUCAUCUACCUGUUCCUCCAAUUAUUUGUCAUCAUAUGGAGUAUUCCAUUUUUGCCAUUCAUAUUUAAAUUUAACAGAAUUAUCAUAGCCCUUUUGUUGGUCUUCAGUGUCACAGGUGCAUUGUUGGUUCAAAACUCCGAUGCUUUUGAUAUCAAUAACCCAUUGAAGUUAAGAUUCAUUCAAACUGUUGAUUUGAAUAGUUCCACUCAGUCUCAUGUCAAGGUUCUUGGAAGGAUUGACAGUCCUAUGAGGGCUGUCUUGAAUGAUAUUCCAUCGGUUAAAAAUUCUGGACAAACCGUUUCAUGCUCUGACGUCGGUGAUGGGUUGGAGGAGUGCUCAUACAAGAGUGAUUUAGCUCCAGCUUUUGGCGAAAAACAUAACUUUACUACGGACCUCAUCGAUAUCCACGUUGUUAAAAAUUCCACUGCUAAUAAUGACUACCCAUUUGGAUUAUUGUCUGCUGAAAUUAAGAUCCAUGUGCCAAAGAACAGAAUGUGCAACUUGAGAUUCAACUUCAGUGAAUCAAAUAGUAUUUUCGCCAGUCUGAUCAAUACUGAUGCUCCAGUUAAAACUUUUAUCUGGUACAACGAUAAGAAGCAAGGCAACGGAACCGAGAAGCAUGCUGACACUCUUGCUAUUCCUGAAGGGUUCUCCGUGGACAAAGACGGAAACUACGUUUACAGGCUCCAUGAUGGUAUCAAUGCCCUUAAUUUGAACAAGCUUGACUGGGAUAAGGACUACCACCUUGGUUUCCAAUGGUUGCCUGACUUGGUGGCCACUGGUUCCAAUGAGUUCGAUUCUGAGCUUAUCCUUAAGUUGGGAAUACAAACUGAAUGUUUCUGGGCAGACCUUAACCCUCUCGUUAUCGAUGGUAAGGCCGCCAGCCAUGUUCCAGCACUCGAAGAGUUGGUGCACUACAGUCCAGUUUAUGUAAGCUGGGCCAAUAGAGAUAGAGGUUUGGUUUCUGCCUCCAAGUAUAUUGAGAUAUAAUUUAAUGAUUAAUACCUGUUUUCUGAACACUUUGUACGCAAAUU